AUGUUGUUGUUUGUUGUGUUAGUGUUGCUUUCUGUGACGGUGCAUGGCCAUGUAAGUGAGGGGUGUUGAGUGACGUCAGGUGUUUUUUUUAUUUUUUUAAAACAAAAAUUGAUUUUGUUACCUAAAAUAAAAAAAUCUUAAAGUUUUUGCCAUUUUUUCAUAGAUAUUACCCGAAUUUAGGAGAGAAAGAGUACUAAAUAACAUAUAACACCACAAUACUUUAUUUCCAGGACCAAAACUAUACAGAACCGGAACUAGAACGACACAAACGUUCAUGUGCUUGUGUAUCACAAUAUACUCCAGUAAAUUGUAGAUGCCAUCAAGGUGGCAAUACUACAGAUUUGCUUUGUCGGUAGGUUUUGAGCCAUUCCCAUAACUUAAAUUUUAUAAACAUGUUCCUACUGACCCGAUAUCACCAUCAGUUACCUAAUUUUAGAUGCGAAAAAGCACAACUAGCCCCACAAUGCAGUUGUGCACCAUCAGCAUCAACAAUGUGUUCGCCUGUAUGUCAACAGCAAUGUGUACAAGCUUGCUUGGCUCAGCAACAACCUCUAGAUGCCUGUCAAUCGACCUGUCAAUCGACUUGUGGUCAUGCUUGCCAACAAAUGGCACCAGCUUCUUCUAGCGGCUAUAGUUCGUCGGUGGUCUAUUCAGUACCGCCUGCUCCAGUUGCGUCGAGUUUUUCUGGUCCUCCUGAACCAAAUUACCCAUCUUCAGCUGGAUAUCCUGGACCAUCUUCAUCUAAUUAUCCACCCCCGUCUGGUCCAAAUUAUCCAUCUGGACCGAACUACCCAAUACCACCUGGAUCGGCAUCACCUCAUUACCCAGUACCAUCAGCCCCUCAAGGACCACACUAUCCUGUACCACCAAUGCCCCUACCCCAGCCAAUUCUACUAUCCACCCCACCAACUUGCCAUUGUGCACCAGACCAACCCCAUUGCCAGUGCAAUUGCGUACCGCAUUGUACCGAACAAUGCGUCCAAAACUGCUCACCAACCAAUUCGCAAUGUUCUCAAACGUGCUCGAAUUCAUGCGAAAGUUCAUGUGCCAAACAUCACGGUAUUGAUAGUAACAUUCUGCCUCCGGCAAUGUACUCUGAAUGUUCUGGAAAGUGUCUACCGUCAUGUCGCAAAGCCUGUGUGAAGCCCCAAGAAAGUGCACCAAAUGGUGUGGCAUGUCAGGACGCGUGCGUUGGGAUGUGUCAAGCCAAUUGUCAACUCACUGCGUACAAUAAUAUGCUGCGCAAUGAUGAGUUCAGCGGGCUACAGAGAAGCGACGUUGAUUUUAAUGCUAUCGAAAAGCUGGCUAGAGAUUUCCAGGCCAAUCAUGAUGUUAUACAAGGCAGAAAUGACCUGGGUAAUGGCCCUCAACGUAUUCCUACACCUUCACAAGCCCUACCACCGGUUCCACAAGCUACACCAACAGUCCCAGUACAGCCUAUAGGGUCAACAAUUUCAAACCAACAAAGUUUUAUAACUCCAACAGUACCAUUACAACCACAAAACAGUCAAUAUUUACAAAAUGAUGUUACCUUACCUACCUUUAACUUGAAGAAAGAGCCUUUUAUGCCUUUUAUGCCAAUUCAGACGGUCCAAAAUGGUCCUAUUAGGCCUACUGGAGUUCCGAUAGUUUCUUCUUCCUUACCUACACAGCCAAUGAGACCUAUAACUUCAGUUCCACAGCUAAACAACGCCCUAAACAACCACAAACUAGCUGAAAACCCACCAACUUUGAACGUUCAACAUCCAAUUCAACGUAUCGAACCAUUACCAUUAGUCCAAAUUCAACCCCCAAGACCGGUCGAACCUAUUUCAAAUCCUCAACUGAUGCCAAAUCUUCAACAACGAUUAAAUCCUCAACCAAUCCCAAAUUCCCAGCUAAUAUUAAAAUCAGAGCCGAUAUUUGCCACCCUAGAACAAGCUGGUCCACUACUUUCUAGACCUCUUCUGGCCGAUGCUGCGCCAUUAUGUGCUCCAACUUGUAUGCCAUCUUGUGAAAACGGUUGUAUUAACAGGUAUAUGAAGAGAUAUAACGACCCAAUACCAUUGAAUCCACCACGAUGGAGAAAGAACAAUGAGAAUUUUCAGAAUGAGGGGAACGGUCAGGAACGGAGGUACAGAGAUAAAGAAAAUGGUUUGCGCUACAAUAACAACGUAGUUAAUAGAGAGAACAAAGAAGAUGUCAAUGAUAACAGUGACAGUAGCAGCAUCGACAGUUUUGAAGUCAGAAGAAGACCUCCACUUCAUAGUACAACACCAGUUAGUGCUAGCAGCACAUUCGGAAGCGCUUGGAGUACCAAUAGCCGUAACAAUCAAAAUCCAGUUUCUACUAUAUCUUCUUUACCACAAGUAUCAUCUUCACAGUACAAUAGCGAUAACAACAAAGAUAAUUAUAACGAUGAAUACAGCAAAGCUAGCUAUAACAAUAACUAUAACAACAAAGAUAGUUACAGCAUACCAACUACAACAUAUGACAUUGUCAACCCAACACUUCCCACACAAAACAGCCAGCAAAGAAAAUCAAGUUCAGCAUCUCAAAGUUCAGCCGAUAAUGUUAAAUCAAGCACUCAAGACCAGUUAGCUAGCUUUCUGAAUCCAUUAAUGGAUCAAGGAUCAGUCGAAACUCCACUUUUUCAUCAAGUUCAGUUUAAACCACAAUACAACCAACCAAAGGCUCAGUAUGCUCAACAACAGGCCCAAAAUCUGUAUCAAGAAAACAAUAAAAACAAGCAAAGUCAUAGAGAACAAAACAACCCAACUAUUAUAUCAAGCAUAAAUCAACUUCAACAAAGAUCACAGUCGACGUUAAAGCCUGAAAGUCAAAAUAUGUUUUACAAUCAACAAGACACUCAAUAUGAGUAUGGAAACAACAAGAACUCAAGAAGAAAUCACAACCAAUAUCAGCGUAGCAACCUACAAUACGACAGUGUGGAAAUGACAAAGUCUAACGGGCCUGAUCAACAAAUCACAGCUCUUGCUGUAAUGCCAAGAUACCCGUUUAGCCACCAACAACGUACAAACCCAUCAUUAACAAGCUUUUCCAACGCCAAUCCGGCACCAUUCCGUCGUGCUUUAACAUCAAUUCAUCGUACUGAUAUCAUCCCCUUAACCUUGGAAUACAACAAGACAAAGUAUGAGCCAAAAGUGUACCAACAGCUCUACAAUGAUCCUAAUUACGGACCAACGUUAGCUUUGAACAUUCAAUUCCCAGCACCAGCUAAAGGUUGUGCACCAGGUUGUCGGCCUGAAUGCACAAUACAGUGCAUCGAGAAGAUUGGCCAAGGAUUCGCAGUGACUGAGGCUAGGACCUUCUUUAACAAACGAUUUUCAAAAAUUGGUGGGAAUCAAGUGAAUCGGAAUCGAAUCAUGUUAACUGAUCCAAAAGCGGCCGAACCUGAUGUCAGCAAGAUAUUUGAGCCUUUUAGGGAUGCGCCGAAGGUAAAUUAUACUAUUUACGUUUAAUGAAUAGUAUUGCGCUAACUCUACUCUAACUUAUCCUAUUUUACUCUACCUCGCUCUAUGUUAUCUUAACCUAUCCUACCCUACGUUUUCCAGCCCUACCUUACCCUAUCGACUUAGGUUAACAUCGUAUCAUAUCUUACCCUACAAUUUUCUAACAUAUUAUACUUUCAGAGUUCAAUGGCCGAAUGUUCACCUGAUUGUAUGCGGGUUUGUAAGCGAGCAUGUAUAAAACAGGACACAAAUGCUCUACAAUGCUACGCAGAAUGCAAUCAAGAGUGCAUGGCACGAUGUCCAGAACGGAAUGAUUAG